UUUUGGUUCAACCGGUGCACAUGUAAACAAAUCCCCGGUCUCGAAUUUCACGAUUUACAGGUUAUUAAUUAAUUAAGGGCAUGUUUUCUGUCAUAAGAUCAAGUUUGAUAAGGUCUGGAAAGCAGUUUACACCUGUGUCAUAUAUUGCUAGUCACUUUCACACAACUGUCAUCACGCAAUAUCCGCCGGCAGAGAGAAAAAGCAUGCCAAAAGUUGCAGUGGUGUUGUCAGGUUGUGGUGUUUAUGAUGGCAGUGAAGUGCAUGAAUCUUCAGCAGUUCUGGUGCAUCUGAGCAGAGCCGGUGCAGAGAUAUCAAUGUUUGCACCAGAUAUAGAGCAGAUGCAUGCUAUUAACCAUACUAAAGGGGAGCCAAUGGAAACAAACAGAAAUGUAUUGGUGGAGUCAGCAAGAAUAGCUAGAGGCAAAAUCAGUGCCCUGUCUAACUUGACAUCUCGUGAUUUUGAUGCUGUUAUAUUCCCAGGCGGAUUUGGACUGCAAAAAUCU